AUGGAACCUGGCCCCUCCAUAGCCACGCCUUUGUUCGAUGUUUUAGCCAGAUUUCGAGCCAACAACAUAGCUUUUAUUGCUGAUAUAGAAAAAGCUUUUCUACAAAUAUCCUUGUUUCCAGGCCAUCGAGACUAUGUAAGAUUUUUGUGGUUUAAAAACAUUGAUACUAUAGACUUUGACAAUUUUGAUAAUAACGUUUUAGAGGAAUGGCGAAUUUGUAGAGUUUUAUUUAGUUUAACAGCCUCGCCAUUUUUGCUGAACGCAACACUUUCGAAACAUAUUAAAAAUUAUGAUGACAUUGAUCCUAAAUUUACCGAACGAUUUUUAAAUUCUUUACAUGUCGAUGAUUUAAAUGGCGGCUCUAAAAAUGUUGACGAAGGGUUUACGUUUUAUUGUAAAGUUAAAGAUCGUUUAGCAGAAGCAAGUUUUAAUAUGCGUAAAUUUCAGUCCAAUGCUCCAAAACUUGAAGCUCUCGUUAACGAACUUUACAAAGGGCCUCUUGAAGUAAACCAUGAAGGCAACACAACAAAAGUUUUGGGAUUACAGUGGCUUAAAGAUAGUGAUAAAAUUGGGUUUAAUUUUGAGGAGAUAAAGCAGAAAUUUCAUGCGAAGCCCGAUACAACGAAACGCAACGUAUUACAAGCAAUAGCGUCAAUUUUUGAUCCACUUGGCUUGAUAAAUCCUAUUAUCGUUAAAAUGAAAACCUUUUUUCAAGAUUUAUAUAUUAAGAAUGUAAAGUGGGAUUCUCCUUUAUCGGAAGAACACUUAGAGAUAUGGUCAGGUAUUGUGCAAGAGUUACACGAAGUCUCCUCUAUUCAAAUUGAUAGAAAUUAUUGUUAUAAUGAUGAGAACGAUCCGUAUAAGUCUGUCCAAUUACAUGGUUUUAGUGACGCGUCUAAAGCAGCAUACGGAUGUUGUGUUUAUAUUCGAUUUGAAACAGAAUCCGGUAAGAUUAAAACUGCUUUGGUAUCGAGUAAAUCGCGUGUUGCUCCAAUUAAGUCACAAACCAUACCUCGCUUAGAAUUAUUGGGAGCUUUAAUGUUAGCAAGACUGUUGGAUACAGUCUCCCGUGCUUUAAACAAUGUUUAUCCAAUCGAACGUAUAUUUGCGUGGAUUGAUUCUAGUGUUGUGUAUUCUUGGAUUAAAAACAGUGAUAAAAUUUAUAAACCUUUUGUACAAAAUAGAUUGACUGAGAUAAGAAGAUUAUUUGAUGUAAAAUGCUUGAAAUUAGUUGGCACUAAUGUUAAUCCUGCCGAUAUUAGUUCCAGAGGUUCUUCGCCAUUAAAGCUCUCCACUAAGAGUCUCUGGUUUGAGGGUCCAGGUUUUCUAACUUUACCAGAAAACGAGUGGCCGCGUCUGCAAGUUGGAGACAAGUUCUUGCCGGAGUCUUCCUGUGAAGAGAAACUUUCAUUGAAUGUUAAUACAGAGUUCACGUGUUUAAAAAGUGACUCUGAUGUAGUUAAUGAUGCUUGUUUAUCUGAGAUCAUUAAAGUUGAUAAUUAUAAUAGUUUUAAAAAAUUGGUGCGCGUUACGGCGUAUGUAUUACGAUUUAUAAGAAGAUGUAAAGAAGAAAAGAAGAGAAAUGAAAAGAAGACUACUAACACAUUAUUACUAACAAAAAGGGAGUGGCCCGAAGAUUUGUCGGUGGAAGAGAUUAAGUUUGCGAAAUUCAAGUGGUUAAAACUGUUUCAGUGGAAGGUCCAGAAUAACAAGAAUUUUGAAGUAGAAAAAGUGAAACUUGGUCUUUUUAAGGAUGACGAUGGAGUUCUGCGAUGUAAAGGUCGUGUACAAAAUUCACCUUUACCAUACGACACUCGGCAUCCAAUGUUUUUACCUACACAAUGUGAGCUUUUGCCUCUUAUUGUUUCGGAUUCACAUCGUGCUGUUGGUCAUAAUGGACCACGUGACACUCUUUGUCACGUGCGUAAACAAUUUUGGAUACCGCGUCUCAGACAAGUUGUUAGAAAUUUAUUACGUAACUGUACAUUGUGUAAAAGAUUUGAAAGUAAAGCGUUUAUUUACCCAAGUACUUCUGCGUUACCUGAUUUUCGUUUAUCGUUGAACUUUGCCUUCACAAAUAUUGGAAUCGAUUAUGCAGGUCCGUUGUAUAUACGAGAUAUUUAUUCACGUUCUGAUGUACAUAAAGCGUGGAUUUGUUUGAUUACUUGUGUUAGCAGUAGAGCUGUUUAUUUGGAUAUUAGUACUGAUUUGUGUGCUUCAACUUGUGUUAAUGUUUUAAAACGUUUUGUAAAUAAAAAUGGAGCUCCGAAAGUUAUCAACUCAGACAAUGGUUCUAACUUUAUUAGUAAAGAAGUUCAACAUUUUGCAUCAUCACAUGGCAUUAAGUGGUGUUUUAAUAUUGAAGCUGCCCCCUGGCAGGGUGGAUAUUUCGAAAGGCUAAUUCAGUCUCUUAAACGUUGUUUGAAAAAAGUACUUUUUAAAACUUUAGUUGAUUAUGAAGAGAUGUUGACUAUUUUGUCAGCAAUUGAACGCAUACUUAAUAACCGUCCUUUGACGUUUAUUUACGACGAUGUUAACGAAAGUCCAUUAACUCCGAAUCAAUUAAUAUACGGAAAAAACGUUAGUAUCGAUUAUGAAGAAUACGAUGGCGAAAGUUGGCAGUUGACAGUUCGCGCGAAGUACAUAAAAACUGUGCUCGAUCAUUUUUGGAAACGUUGGUUAAAUGAAUACGUUGUCGAUUUAUGCGAAUUUCACAAACAGAAGAAGAAAAAGCUACAGUCCUCUUACGAAAUUAAAGUAAACGAUGUUGUUCUUAUACACGAUGAUGUUAGAGCAAAAUGGAAGAUAGGUAGAGUAAGGAAAUUGUUGAAAAGCAAGGACGCUCGUAUACGUGCAGCAAAGGUAUUAGUCGCAACUAACAACAAUCGUAAAACGAUAAUUACACGCACUUUGAACAAACUUUAUCCUGUUGAACAGUCUGAUCGCGACUACGAGAAUGACAAGGAAGAUAACGACCAAAAUAAAAUUGACUUUAUAAACGAAGAUGACAUCAUCGUUUUUGGUGGGGAGUGUUAA